UAGUAACACUUUUGUAAUAUGUCACUUCGCUAAAGAAUUCACGUUUAUUUACGUGAUACUCUUAUUAAAAAUUGCUAAUUUAAUAUCUAGUAGGCUACUUAGGAGAUAAAAUAAACACAAAUAAAAUGGCAGACGUGUUAGACAUCGAAAAUUCAGAGGAAUUUGAAGUAGACGAGGAUGGUGAACAGGGAAUCGCUCGUUUGAAGGAGAAGGCGCGAAAACGUAAAGGAAGAGGUUUUGGCGGCGAAGCCGGUGGCGGAGGCGCUACUGAGAGAGGCAACAGGGGCAGAUACGACAGCCUAGCGCCAGAAGGUGAUGGCAACACUCCUGGUCCUCAGAGGUCCGUGGAGGGCUGGAUAUUGUUUGUCAGUAAUGUGCAUGAGGAGGCACAGGAAGAGGAUAUACAGAACCAGUUCUCAGAGUUUGGUGAGAUUAAGAACAUCCAUUUGAACCUGGACCGGCGCACCGGCUUCCUCAAGGGAUACGCGCUCGUCGAAUACGAGACGUACAAGCAGGCUGCUAGCGCGCGCGAAGCUUUAGACGGCGCGGACAUUCUCGGGCAAGCGAUAUCCGUCGACUGGUGCUUCGUCAAAGGUCCCACUAAGGGGCACAAGAAGAGGCGAUAGAAUUAAUAAUAUAUAAGCUGUACUUAUAAACAUUGCUUUUUAUUUUAAAUACUAAUCAUAUUUUUAACUAAUUAACGACAAUAUACUGAUCUUAUUCUUUAAGCUGAGGGUUUAUUUUAAGUUUUCAAUAUGGUAAGGCAUUUUGUAUUAAUUUUUCAACGAAAUUACGUACUUAGAUACAAAAUAUUCUUAAAAUAAAUGUCUUAUAGUUAAAGAAUCAUCACUUAUAUAACAUUUUACGAUGUAUUAUAAACAAGGAAAUAUUGAACAAUGUUUAUAAGUAUUUGUAUGAUCUUCAACAGUGUUAUAUAUCGCACUUAAUCUUUGCUUUUUUGUUUAUAAUUAUCAAAUGAAUGCCCGGACAAUUUUGUCCCUUAAAUUACACUAAGUCUAACAGAAAACUAAAAAUUUCUUAAGUUCGGUCUCGGGACCAAUGUUAAUUACAGAAUAAUUUGGAUCUAAGUGCUUUGUGUAACGCUGUGUUACCUUUAGGUGUAAUGGCUCUAAAUAUAAGCUUGCUUUCAGUA